AUGGUUUAUCGUCUGGAUACAAUGAUCGUCCUAUAUGUCAGGCCGAUUUACGACCUACCCGAGGUCGCUGAACGCCUUAUGCUUGUUUCAGCGACCUUCUCGGAUGGUUUUGUGCGCAGCGAGGUCAAUGUUUCCGAGGUGUUCUGGAAAGUGGUCUGA